AUGGAAGCUCGAGUUCGAGGACAUGGCUUGAUGAUCCGGUCAAAGGAUCACGAACCAUGGCCGACCACGAGGAGACCCAGGAGCGAGGCAAUGUUGAUCCUCUCGUGGGGACAAAUCCUCGCGCUCCUCCUCCUCUUUGUGCGCACGGCCAUCGUCGGCCUCGCCAAUUCCAGCUGCUCUGGAUCGCCGCUCUCCGCCCAGGACUGUGCCGCCCUCUCCUCGCUCUCGCUCCACGGCCACAUCACCUUCGCCACCGCCACCUCGCCCGCCUCCUCCUCCGACUUUGGGCGCAUCCAUCGCCGCCUCCCCCGCUCCAUCCUCUACCCCUCCUCCGUCCGCGACAUCGCAUCGCUUGUCCGUGCUGUCCACGACACGAGCUCGCCUCUGCGCAUCGCGGCCAGAGGAGCCGGGCACUCCGUGGCUGGACAGGCCCAGGCCGGCGAUGGCGUCGUGAUCGAGAUGGGGAGCUUGCGCGGGAUCAAGGUGUCGGAAGGAAAGCCCGGGGAGCAGCCGUAUGUGGAGGCCAUGGGAGGAGAGCUCUGGAUCGACGUUGUGAGGGAGAGCUUGAAGUAUGGAUUGGCGCCGCGAUCGCUCACGGACUAUCUCUUCCUCAGCGUUGGGGGGACGCUCUCCAACGCGGGUGUGAGCGGCCAGGCCUUUCGAUACGGCCCCCAGAUCAGCAAUGUCCUGGAAUUGGAAGUAGUGACAGGGAAUGGUGAAAUCGUGCGCUGCUCGCCCGUGGAUCACGCGGACCUCUUCUUCGCGGUUCUGGGGGGCCUCGGCCAAUUUGGGAUCAUCACCAAAGCCAAGAUCAAUCUCGAGCGAGCUCCUCAAAAGGUAAAAUGGAUCAGAGCACUCUACUCGGAUUUCAAGGCUUUCACUCGAGAUCAGGAGCUGCUAAUCGCUCGCCCAAAAGACAGCCCCAACUCCUUCGAUUACGUCGAGGGCUCCGUGAUCGUAAACAACAAUCACCCCAGCAACGAAUACAAGCCCAUUCCAUUCCACGGACAAACCCUCAACGCGAGCCUCAUACCUCCUUCCGCCGGCCCCGUUCUCUACUGCUUAGAACUCACCAAGAACUACGACGAGGACGAGUCCGCCACCAUUGACGAGACGGUCUCGUCGCUCCUGGCGCCGCUGGGGCAUGUUCCCUCGCUCGUCUUCAGCAAAGAUGCGUCGUACUUUGAGUUCCUAAACCGCGUGCACGAUGGUGAGAUCCGGCUGCGCAAAAAGGGGCUGUGGGAUGUCCCGCACCCGUGGAUGAAUCUCUUGGUUCCAAAGAGCAAGAUCGAGGAGUUUGAUGCGUUGGUUUUCAGAGAGAUUCUCCGCAAAGGCAUCAAUGGGCCACUCCUCGUGUACCCUCUAGACAAGAUGAAGUGGGAUUCCAGGACCUCGGUCGUGAUGCCCGACGAGAACAUCUUCUACCUGGUUGGGAUGCUGCGCUACGCCACGCCCUCGGGAGUUCCAUCCGUCAACUCUCUCGUGGAUCAAAACAAGGAGAUUCUCCGGGUGUGCAAGAGCGCCGGGAUCCACCUCAAGCAGUACAUUCCCCAGCUUUCGAGCGAGGAGGAGUGGCGAGAGCACUACGGCAGCUCCUGGAGCUUGUUCUUGCGGAGGAAAUUGGCCUACGACCCAAAAGCAAUCCUCGCCCCGGGGCAAAACAUUUUCGCCCCAUCCUCCUCCACUCUCAAGCUCUCGAGCGCCCUGUAGGAGAAAGAUCCCUGGGCAAGACGAGAGUGUGUGUGUACAGUCUUGAGCGUUGGCGCGGUGGCUGUAAAGCCCGCGAGUUUGUAUGCCGCCCCCUUCCCUCCAAAUUUCAAAAUUUUA